GAAUCGUUCCGGCUGCAUAAUGUGCUGUUCGUGAAUCGCGAUUUCAUCCCUAUUACAUAUAUAGUUUUGCGAAUCGUCUACAUACAAAUAAAUCACUUGAAUGAUGGAGGGAAUCAUUAAACACGGUUGUAAAUUUCUUACAGCUCAAAAACCAAUCUUUCAGCUAAGCCGGUCCUUAGUUUUAAUUAAACGCCGUCAUCCAGUCCAAUUGCAAAAGAAAAACUCAAAUCAAAAACCCAUAUUAAAAGGAAGACAUUUCGUCUAUGAUGUUGAAUAUCUAGAUAAUAAAAAAAAAGAAAAUAUCGAUGUUAUUUUGACUUCUUUUGUUGAAGGUUUAGGUCAAAAGGGAGAAAAAGUAUCUGUUAAACCAUCAUAUGCAUACGAUUAUCUUCUUCUUCCAAAAUUAGCUGUCUACGCUUCUCCCGAAAAUGUAGAGAACAUGAAAAAUGAAAUGUAUGUUACAAAAGACGAGGAAAAGCCUAGUUCUAUUUUUGCUUUAAAAACCAUGAAUUACUUACGAAAAGCAGUUGUGGGUUUGUGCAUGAAUAAAGAAGAACCAUGGACGAUUGAACGAUGGCAUGUCAGAGUAGCUUUGCGUAAAAUGAACAUUGAAAUCCUUAGUGACGAUUGUAUUGAAAUACCAGAAAAACCAAUAAGUGGGCCUGAUAUGACAUUAGAAGGAAAAUCAUUUAUAUCUUAUAUUACUAUUAAUAACAAAGAAAGAGUACCAGUGCAAUGUUGUGUACAUCAUUGGAGUACCAAAAUUGCUGACCGACUGCCUUAUACGGAAUUUUUUUAUUUAAAACCACCUGAAGCUAUUUUUCCAGAAGAAAAAUCACUGUUAGAAUCGCUAAAAGCUAAUCAGAGUGCUUAAACGAUAGCUUUUAAGCGAUGCAAUGUGUUUUGUAGAAAUAAUAAAUGUUUGCACUUUUGAAAUGCUUAUAUUUUAUAAUUAAAAAUAAUUUAUUAUUAAAAUGUAUCUUUAA